AUGGUACUACUCAGUGACGGUAAAGGUCGCGGACGACCCGUACGAUUAGAACUCACAAAAGAUGUUCUCAUUAUUCAAAUAGCCAAAAGCGGUUUUUUUGAUGAGACGAAAGAUUCAGUGAUGGAACUGGAUAAUAGCAUACGACAUGUUAAAUUACGCAAGAAAAGUGACGGUGGUUUAGGAUUAUCGAUCAAAGGUGGUAACGAUGGUAACCAGCAAGUUUCAGUUGUUAUUUCAAAGAUUUUUCAAAACACUCCUGCAGAAGAAUGUGGUCAGCUAUAUGUUGGCGAUGUGAUUGUUGAAAUAAAUGGGCAGUCAACAGAUGGUAAAAGCCAUGAUGAAAUUGUUCAAAUCUUAAAGAACAGUGGAGAUGAAGUAACACUUAGUGUCAGACAUUAUAUACAAAUUGCUCCUUAUCUAAAGCCAGCAGAUUCGCUUAGAUCGCACACAGGAAGUGCAUUUGACCGUCUCUAUGAACCGAACACCUGGAAGAGCUCAUUAAAAGUGCAGUCAUUGGUUCCUACUGGUGAAAUAUCUAGUAUACGAAGUUCCACCGCCCCAGGUAUAGCUGAUGGCUCAUCAGAUGAAUGGAAAACGAUGGCCAAGAUCCCACUACCAAUGGCGUUUAUUACUCGUUAUUUAUGGGGAACUGAUAAAUUAAGAAAUAAUGCAUUCGAAGUUCGUGCAGUGGAUGGCUCAUCAACAGGUAUUGUACAUUGUGAAGACAAGAAAACGAUGGAACAAUGGUUUAAACAUAUUCAGAGUCGUAUCACAUCGCUUAAUUAUAAAUCCAUCAAAUUGUCAAACAGAUAUUUGCAUAAAAAUGAACAGAUCACGUAUAUCGGUUGGGUAAGCGAGCGAUUACCGGAAGAACAUUUCAAAGACCCACGUCAACGUUGGGAACCUCGAUUCAUUAUCCUGAAGGGUGGCGAACUUUGCAUUUUUGAGUCACCACCACUGAAUUCGGAUGAUCUGAAUAAAUGCGUAUCAUUGUACAAAAUUUAUGAUACGGCAUUCAAAGUGAUAGAUCGAGAGAAACCAGCAUUAGAUAAACGUGAGUAUUGCUUUUGGAUUGAAACAUCUAUGAAUGGAUUGAAGCAUUACAUGUCAGUUGAGAAUCAUCAUCAGUUCAAUCAGUUUGAUGUAGCUUAUCACCGUUGUUUACACAGUACUGUCAACAGUUUUCAGACACGCACAUUUGCAUGCAGUUAUCAAGGACGUCCUAGUGGUUUGGUGAUUGAUAUCAAGCAGGGUAUAAGUUUGUAUGAUAUUUCCACAAAGCGUUACUCGUGGCAAUACCGUUUUUGUGAUUUGGAGUCAUCAUCUGAUGACGGGAAAAUACGACUGCGACUUACUUUUCGAGAUCCACGAAGUUCAUCUAACGAUAAUUUAGAAAUUAAAGAUAUUGAUAGCGACGAACUUUUGUUCAUUGUUUAUACAAUGCAUGCCUUUUAUGUAACCAAAGUUAUUGGGACGGAUCCGGAUUACCUAAAAAUAAUCCCACUCACGUAA